GCGGGGGAGAUUUAAAAUGGCGGACGAAAUAAUAACACGCAAACUAUUUGGGGCACUCAAUUCCGAAGACAUAAAAGAGGCAGAGCUCCUACUAAAGGAAGGUGCUAAUCCAAAUACAGUGCUGCCUGUAGAGGGAGUGGCAUGUAUGCACAUAGCCUCAGGGCUGGGGCUGGAGGCCACUAAACUACUUCUCAGUUAUGGUGGAGAUCCUAAUAUCAGAUCAGUAGAUGGUACCACUCCUAUGCAUGUAGCUGCCACCUGGGGCGACCAGGACAGUUUACGAAUGCUUCUAACCAACGGAGGUGAUCCAUUAGCCAGAGAUCAGGACGGAAGCAGUUGUCUAGACAGUGCCCAGACCUAUGGCCACACCAACUGUAUACAUCUUCUAGAGUUCUGCAUGCUGCUGCUUUCUCCUGAUGUGGACAGCUCCAGACAGCCCAAUAUCAUCUACAAGCCAUGUGAGAGCAGUGAUGACCUCCAUAUAGAAACAACUACAAAGUGUUUGUCAGGUCGGGACAGGAUCUGCCUGCACCCAAAAGAUGACCCCCUCUACUUGGAUGAUUUCCUGGAAUGGGCAUUUCACCAGGAGGGAAGCACCUAUACUGACCAUAUCAACACACAUCUAAGAUCAUGUUUGACUGGGCACAGAAAUUACUCCUGUGAUGUCACCUCACCAGAUCACCCGUUUCUAGAGUACAAGAGUCAAAGUAGAGACUCCGACAUUUCAGGACAGACAGACACAAACGACCUAGGAUUUUGUCAGAACUCGUGUCAUGUCCACUGGGCAGAUCAACUUACCAAAACCUUGCCCUGGAAUUCAAUAUUAGACAACUCGCUGACCAAUUCAACUGAUGACGACACCUUCCUGUCCUGCUCAAGUGGCCCUAGUCCUACUCUCACUGACACAACUCCAGUAAACACUCAGGAGCAGACAACUCAUCAAAAUACUAAAAAUCUGGCGGGGCAAGUAAGUCGAGAAUCGAAAUCUUUAAACAGCCAGGAAUAUUUUCGAAGAUUGAAUAGACAAUCAGCUGGCUCACCUAUAGAGAAUAAAUCCUGGAAUCCUAGUGUGAAAAAUGUUAGUGGACAGUCCGAUGUUCCUCAGGGACAGAAUAUAUCUAUAAAAACAAGUGAAAAACCUCCUGUCAGGGAAUCAGGUUGUUUGUAUCGACAGUAUCAUACACAAGGGCAGAAAAGUUCCAAUAGUCAUGAUCGUUAUCAUGGAAAUGGAAAUAAUAAAUCUUAUGGAAAAUCUAUCAAUGAAGUGAGAAGUCAAUCUGGAAAGUUGUGUGAUGAAAACAAUUCGUGUAGUGUAACAGUGAAUAGGCAGUAUCCAAACCUUCCACAGGAGGCUGAGAUAUUCAGGAAAAAAGAUAUGACUCAGCAAAAACAAAACAAUACAGACAAAAUUUCCCGACAGGAUUCGAGUAUAUAUGGACAUAACACACCAAUAUCUUCACGGAAAUUAAACGUUACAUGCGGGGACUGUAAUAAGGUACGAGGCGAACACGCAGUGAAUAUCUCGCCAUUACAGAGUCUGGAAAAGAGAAAGGUAAGAUGUGAAAGGAAGGUACAGAACUGGCUCAACAGCACAAGCCCACAGACUCUGGUGGAUGACAUGAGGAAGAUCAGUCUCGAGUCUAAAGAUAUACACACAUGGGAGCCUCCUUCCACACCAGUUGACCAAAAUGCAAGUGACUUGAUUUCAAUGGAUGAGAGCUUCUGUCAGAGGCAUCCAAAAAAAAUCUCAAAUAAUCACAUGUCAUCACUCAAAGAAAGCUUCAACGAUUCUCUUCUUACAGAUCAGGACGAGACAAUUCCUUAUGAAUACGAUGCUAGGCUUGAAUCUGAAACCCAAAGUUCUUCGCAAAAGGCUACUCUCACAGAAGGUAUCUCAGAUUCUUUGCUUGUUGAUUCUGAUGAUACUCUGCUCUGUGAUGAUCAUAUGCAUGAAGACCACACAUCUGUAACGGAUUGUGACAUUCUAAACCAGAGUUUUGGUCAAAUGUCGGUUGACAGUGGAGUUACGGUAGAGUAUGUGUACAGGGAUCCGGAGGAAGGAAUCGUCUUAGUAGAACGUAGAAUUCCGUCACAGUGUGGCAGCAUCGGUAGCAACACACAGCGCCUGUCCUUGGAAAGCACUGGUACAACUCAAACCUUGGACUCUCAGGCCACACAGGUUUAUGACUGGAAAUCUCUGUGUAGAAAUAGCCUGCGAAAAAGUGAUGCUUCAGAUCUGGAUGAAAUAUGUUCUAUGAAAUGCGAGGAUAUCCCUCAAAAUCUACGGAGUCUUAGUAAUGACGACAUUCGCAGCAAGUUACAGAGUCUUGGGGACAAUCCUGGGCCAGUUACACCUGCAACAAGACAGACAUACUUGAUCAGGUUAAAACAUGUGGAGAGCGAUCCCCAGAUAGUACUGACCUCAAAAGGUCCAGGUUAUUCAACAACACUGAAUGUGGCAAUAGAAGGAAACUAUGACAACAGCUUAGCGGCUGAACUAGAAACCAAAAUGGUGGCAGCCUUCCAGAAUCCGAGGCGAACCUGUCGAUGGCGAGAGGGGACCAUGAAAUCCUCUUUUAAUUAUCUUCUACUGGAUCCACGUGUCACCAGGAAUCUCCCAAAUAGAAGCUCUUCUCUAA